AUGGUGAAGAGAGACAAUGUGCGCAAUGGCUACUGGGGAUCCGGUACCGCUCCAGACUCUUAUCUCGAAGGAGGGAAGCUAAGAAGCAGCGGCCCCCACACCCCCGCCGGGACCCCGGGCGACGAGGCGAUGGGCAAGAAAGCAGAUAUCUCGACUUGGGCCGCAAAGUUACAUCUCAAAGCGGCGCUUUUCUCAUCGUCUUACCAGUGCAAGCGCAAUGAAGCGAGGAGCCCCCCACACCGCGGGGUUACAGUCCCGACAUCAUCUCAUGGUGAGCUGAGGAAGUCGAAUCGCGGCACCGUGCCAGCUCGGACAGGCUGCUCCGAGCAACGAUACACGAGGACUGCGGCUUGGGCGAGGAAGAACAGCAUCGAACAAGCUUAUUGGGCUUUGUCUCUUCUCUUUGAGGGCAUGAUUGGGGAUUCCCCGUGGAGAAGAAAACGAAAUAUUGUCUCUGUUUGGGCCGACAUCUUCCCCCAGAUUUCCUUCUUGCCAAUAAAUGCAGGCGCCCGCGGGUCAAGGUUGUGCCUUCAUUCCCACGGGGUAAAAACUGGCGAUGAGCGGAGAGCCGGGACAAUUGUGCCAUGGGCGAGGUGGCUUGGGCGGCACAUUGCACACGAGGAUGGUGGCACAAGCUUGGGGUUUAUCAAGAACCAAGCCACCACUCACUUCCGUUGCCUCACCGCCCCCCCCCCGCGUCCGCCCACACAGAAAUUGCAAGUCAGGGUCGUUGGUGAGGACAAGCCGGGACCAGGCUGGGGGAUGCUAAUCUCGGUGGCCUGGAGAAAGGAAAGCGGGAUGGCCAAGGGCCAUGGGAUGAGAUGGGCGAGGCGGCCAUGUCGUAUUAUUCACGAUGCUCGCCCCAUCGAUACUCCGUCCUGA